CUCCCAAGAUGGCGGCGCGGACCGCCCCGUGCUCGCGCACUGUACCCUAUCGGCCCUCCUGCCUCUGAGAGCGCGUCUCGCGUUGCUGCGCGCCGCUUUCCCUUCGGUCUGGGUGGUGGUCCCCCGCCGCCGCCCGGCAUCAUGGGGCUCCUCCGCUGGUGGCUGGUACUGCUGUGGUUGCUGGAGUCUCCCGCCCGCAGCCAGGAGGAGAAGAAACAUGGUGACUUAUGGUCAGAGGAGCAGCAGGCCCCCCCGCUCCACGUGGGGGCAGUGUACUUGAGUGAAGAGGAGCCUUCGCAUAGCCUGAUGGGCCCGGACACGUCAGCAGAAGAGGCCGGGGCAGUGCCGGGGCUGGACACUGAAGGUGACCACGUGGUGAUGCUGUCUGUGGUUCCUGGGGAAGCCGAGGGCAAACAGAGCUCGGAGCCCAGCGACGGCACCUGCAGGGCUGGAGGAAACGAGGACUCGCGGUGCAGCCUCCGGGAGCACCUCUUUUCUCUGGAUAGCGCUGGAGCCAACUUCCCGGACAGGGAAGAGGAGGAUUACCCGGAGCCAGAAGCAGCCGAAGCCGACCCGGCCCCUGUCGAGGACUCCAAUCACACUGACAGCCAGAAAUCCCCCAAGGUCAACUGCGAGGAGAGAAACGUCACUGGAAUAGAAAAUUUCACCCUGAAAAUUUUAAAUAUGUCACAAGACCUUAUGGAUUUUCUAGACCCCAAUGGCAGCGAUUGCACGCUAGUCCUGUUUUACACGCCUUGGUGCCGAUUUUCUGCCAGUUUGGCUCCUCAUUUUAACUCUCUGCCCCGGGCAUUUCCAGCUCUUCAUUUUUUGGCCCUGGAUGCAUCUCAGCAUAGCAGCCUGUCUACCAGGUUUGGCACUGUAGCUGUUCCUAACAUCUUGUUAUUUCAAGGAGCGAAACCGAUGGCUAGAUUUAAUCACACAGACCGAACACUGGAGACACUGAAGAUCUUCAUUUUUAAUCAGACAGGUAUAGAAGCCAAGAAAAAUGUGGUGGUAACUCAAGCUGACCAAGUGGGCCCUCUUCCCAGCACGACGACAAAAAACGUGGACUGGCUGCUCGUAUUUUCCUUGUUCUUUUUAACUAGUUUUAUAAUGUAUGCUACCAUUCGAACUGAGAACAUUCGGCGGCUAAUUCCAGGACAAGAGCAGGAGCAUGUGGAGUAGGGAGGCAUUGAAGGAAGUUGGAAAGAGGAGUUUCAGUCCUUCGCUUCAGAAAUUAAUGCUGUGAUUUCAUAAUGUUUUCACUCUCCAGUGAAGAGUCGACUUACAACUGCAGUCCAAGAAUCAUGCAUUCGUUGAACUGUUAAAUGUGUAAAAAAUUAUAAACUGGUGUUUUAACUAGUAUUCCAGUAAAGCAAUGCAAAAUA